GUCCUGUAGCAUUUGCUGUUCUAGAAAGUGCAGAGACACGUAGUGAAAAUGGGAGGACCCAGAAGGAGGCCGUCUCCCGUGUAGUGUAUAUUUAUCUGUAAGUGAGCUGUUGGAGAAGGAAUUAAAUACAGAGGCGCUGUCUGCUUGCUGCCUUAAGACAGCGAAGCUGAAUUGCUGAUUUGCUUUAACUUUUAAAACCCCAGCUUGUUUAUUUUUCUUAGAAUCAUUAUAUUGCUAAGACUGGGGACGCUGUUUUCUUUCACAAAGGGAAAUCUAAGUUCAUUUCAAGGCGUUCGAAAUGGGGAAAGACUAUUAUUGCAUUUUGGGAAUCGAAAAAGGAGCUUCAGAUGAAGAUAUUAAAAAGGCUUACCGCAAACAAGCCCUCAGAUUUCAUCCGGACAAGAACAAAUCUCCUCAGGCAGAGGAAAAAUUUAAAGAGGUCGCAGAAGCUUAUGAAGUAUUGAGUGAUCCUAAAAAGAGAGAAAUAUAUGAUCAGUUUGGGGAGGAAGGAUUAAAAGGAGGAGCAGGAGGUUCUGAUGGACAAGGAGGUACCUUCCGGUACACCUUUCAUGGUGAUCCUCAUGCCACAUUUGCAGCAUUUUUUGGAGGUUCCAACCCCUUUGAAAUUUUCUUUGGAAGACGGAUGGGUGGUGGUAGAGAUUCUGAAGAAAUGGAAGUAGAUGGAGAUCCUUUUAGUGCCUUUGGAUUCAGCAUGAAUGGAUAUCCAAGAGACAGGAAUUCUGUGGGGCCAUCCCGCCUCAAACAAGAUCCUCCAGUUAUUCAUGAACUUAGAGUAUCACUUGAAGAAAUAUAUAGUGGUUGUACCAAGCGAAUGAAGAUUUCUCGCAAAAGGUUAAACCCUGAUGGAAGGAGUUAUAGAUCUGAGGACAAAAUUCUCACCAUUGAGAUUAAAAAAGGAUGGAAAGAAGGCACCAAAAUUACUUUUCCAAGGGAAGGAGAUGAAACACCAACUAGUAUUCCAGCAGACAUUGUUUUUAUCAUUAAAGAUAAAGAUCACCCAAAAUUCAAAAGGGAUGGAUCAAAUAUAAUUUAUACUGCUAAAAUUAGUUUACGAGAGGCAUUGUGUGGCUGCUCAAUUAAUGUGCCAACAAUGGAUGGAAGAACCAUACCUAUGACAAUAAAUGAUAUCGUGAAACCUGGAAUGAGGAGAAGAAUUAUUGGAUAUGGGCUACCGUUUCCAAAAAAUCCUGACCACCGCGGUGACCUUCUAAUUGAAUUUGAGGUGUCCUUCCCAGAUACUAUAUCCUCGUCAUCCAAAGAAGUACUUAGGAAACAUCUUCCUGCCUCAUAGAAUGAGGAACUUUGUUACCCAUAUUUUGAUAAGGCACUGAAAAUACAAAAGGACUGGCCGUUUACUGAUGUAGAUGUGAAUUCUGUAUAAAGACAUGUAAAUUAUUUUGAGAGUUCAUUAAAUUGCAUGAAUAGAGACGGGUCAAAUAAGUAGGCAAAAGGGAUUUUUACAGUGGGAGAUGAAGAGAAAUCCAUUCACUAUAUUUUAUUUCACUUCUCCCAAGUCAGAAAUUUUUAGUAUUUUGCUUACAUGUGAAAUUUGUUUUUUGGAGUUAGUGGAUACAUUUCUAAUAAAGUGCUAGGCUCUCCAAGUACUUUAUUUCUUGUAUCUUUACAUUAUCAGGAUGAUAGUUUCUCAUUUAUAAUGGAAAUUUAAAUUCUUAACUGAACUAUACACGUGAUAGGUAUUUCUAGAAAAUAAAACCCAAGUCACUUGGAAAUCUGGUUGGCUAGAUUAAAAUCACCAUAUGAAAUGCUGCUAUAGGGCUGGUACCCAUAAAAGAAUAUCCUAAUGCAUUUGUUUCAUCAUUUUCAUUGUAAAAUUAUACUGUAGCAUUUCUUGAUAACAUAGCUGUAAUGUUCUUAAGGCAGACCUAUUCUUCAUAAAAAGGAAAUUAAUGGCAAUUUAUCUCCUGUGGAAAUCCCAAUUGCCUGUAUUACUGAUAUUUUAGAAAUAGGUUGUUUUUAAAAUACCAUAUGUAAUUUUAUGCAAGUUGACUAUAUAUCUUGGACUUAAUAAAUUAUAGGUACAUUUUAUUGUCCACUAGUUAAAAAUAAUUUGAUAAUAAAUGUGUUUUUAGAGGAAAUAUUGUUACUUGGAAUUAAUUUCCCAAUUACACAGUCUUCUGUAACUUACUCCAUAAUAUGCUGUAUGUACCUUAUGCAAUUUCCCUAAAAAGAAUAAACAACCACUAUGGUGUUAAACCAAAAUAUGGGGAAAAUAAACACUAACUGCUGCUUAUGAAUGAUGUUGCUACUACUUGUUAUGCAUAUAAAUAUUUUACUUUUUCCCUAUGUAUAGAUUGCAUUCUUAGGUGUUUUAAUUUUUUAAAUAUAUUUACGUUUAAAAACUUGUUUUAUUUUGUUUUCUAUUUUAUACUUAUAGCAAGAACGAUGUUUUGAAACAGUUUUUGGUUCAAAAGUAAUUUUCAGGAUGAUGGGUAUAUACACAAGGUGUAUUGGAUCCUAUCACCUUUUAGCAGACUAUGACGUCUUCUUUUAGAAAUUCAAUAAAUAGGUUUUAAUCACCAUAUACUUUACAGCUUCAUUGAGAUAUAAUUCACAUGCUAUAAAGUUUACCCCCUUAAGGUGUAGAGUGGAGUGGUUUUAGUAUAAUCACUGAGUUGUGCAACCACUUUCUAAUUCCAGAACACUUCCGUCACCGCAGAAAGAAACCCCAUAACCAUCGGCACUCAUUUCCCAUUCCUCCAGCCCCUGGCAAACACUAGUCUACUUUUUGUGUCUAUGGAUUUGUCUCUUCUGGACAUUUCAUAUCAAUGGGGUCAAACAAUAUUUGGCUUUUUAAGGGGGCUUCUUUCACUUAGCAUGAUGUUUUCAGGGUACAUCCAUGUUGCAUCAUGAAUCAGUACCAUACUUUUUUUUUAAUGACUGAAUAGUAUUCUAUUACAUGGGUUUACCACAUUUUGUCUAUCCAUUCAUUAGUUGAUGAGCAUUUAGGUUAUUUCUGCUUUUUGGCUAUUAUGAAUAUGCAACUGUGAA